GAAGGGGGACACAAAUGUCUUCAGGUUUAGGUCCCUCGGUCCUCCCAGUCCUGCCCCUGUUCCUUUACUUACGUCCCAGCUCCUCCCCGUUUCUUUUCAGACCUCCUCUUCUCCCCUUCCUUCUCCUCUGCUCCAGGCUGGGUUGGGCUCUGAGCAAGGGGAGGGAUUAGAGCCUCCUCCCUCUCUGCCCCUCCCCAUGUGUCUCCAGGGGGCUGGUGCGGGCAGCAGCAGAGGCAGUCUGGGCAGCUGGGUGAGGGCCCAUCUGGGCAAGGCCCCCAGCGGCCGCCUUCUCUCCCAGGGCCCUGUGGGCAGGCCUCCUGCUUCACUUGCAGGUUUCUUGAAGUGCCUUCUUGCUUCUGUCUGUUUCUCCAUCCUGCCAGAUAUCUGUUUCUCUUGCUGGGCGCAGUGGCAGGAGGGGGCCGUGGUGGGCCCCACAGAGAUGCUCAGUGCUCGAGAUCGCCGGGACCGGCCCCCUGAGGAGGGGGUAGCUGCAGAGCUCCAGGGCUUCGCGGUGGACAAGAACUUCCUCACCUCCCUCAAAGGCAUCCUGCUGGAAACUGAGCUGGCCCUGACCUUCAUCAUCUUCAUCUGCUUCACGGCCUCCAUCUCUGCCUACAUGGCCGCAGCGCUGCUGGAGUUCUUCAUCACACUUGCCUUCCUCUUCCUGUAUGCCACCCAGUACUACCAGCGCUUCGACCGGCUUAACUGGCCCUGUCUGGACUUCCUGCGCUGUGUCAGUGCCAUCAUCAUCUUCCUGGUGGUCUCCUUUGCAGCUGUGACCUCCCGGGAUGGAGCUGCCAUUGCUGCUUUUGUUUUUGGCAUCAUCCUGGUUUCCAUCUUUGCCUAUGAUGCCUUCAAGAUCUACCGGACAGACAUAGCACCCGGGGCCAGCCAGGGGGACCAACAGUGACUCUGGGGCUACCUGCCUCCCAGGCCCAGCCAGCCAGAGGGGACAAUGGAGCCUAGACUCGUCUCCUUGGGAUUCACUGGCCCCCAAGCCCACCAAACCCCACUCCAGCCUUACAGAGAUGUCGGGCCUGAGAUGCCACUGGGGACUUAUCCAUGGAGCCUGGUGCUCUGGGAUCUGGCUCCUGAUGAAGCUCUGGCCAGAGGAGGGGAACUUCUGGAGAGAGGGAGGAGGGAGGGGAGGAAGCUGGGUCCCUAAGUCGUUCCCAAAUUAAAAUAUUCAAAUCCU